GUCCAGAGGAAGCGGCCGGUUCCGUUCAGGCCGGGGCGCCCCGAACCCGACGCACCGAGGCGCAGGGCGCACGGCGGCAGGCCCGGGCCGGGGCAAGGGCAAGGUCCAGGGCCGAAACAAGGAGUCCCCAAGAAUGGCCAGCAGUCCUGGAAGUAAUGCAUCCCUCUCCCGUGAGAAAACCAUACUCUCAGAAAGUUCUCAAGCAAAGAAAUCACAGUAUUCUGAAGAGGAGUCCUUUUAUAUGAACUGCAGAGCAGCCUACCUAGCUGUUUUUAAAAGCAGCUUAGAAAAUAUUAAAUCAAAAGAACAACUAUAUUUAGUGCUUCAACAGGCUGGAAGAAAUCCAUCUCAGAAGACGGUUAAUCAGUACUGGACUCCCCAGACCACCACACUGAAUUUUGAUGAUUUUUGCAAUAUCUUAAAAAAAGAAAAACCAGCUACAAAAACAGAACUGCUCAAAGCAUUUUUAAAAGUGGACACAAAUAAUGAUGGAUAUAUUUUGCACACUGAACUUUAUAAAAUUCUUACAAUGAGAGGUGAGAGGAUGACUGUAGAGGAAGUGAAUGCCAUCACUAAAUUGGCUGAUGUAAACAGCAAUGGCAAGCUUGAUUAUAACCAGUUUUGUAAAUUAUACGUGACAACCAAUGAGCAAUGUCGUAAGACUGCACUAGAGAAACUAGAAGUUGACAGUAGACUGAGGCGUCAGCAGUUUGGAAGUCAAGUUGAAACCUCCUCUGAAAGGGCAACAUCACCAAUAUCAAAACCAUCAUCAAGGACCACGAGGAAAACUGAUCACAAGCCAGCACCAAAGAGAGGUGACAACAGAACUUCUUCAAGGCCAUCAUCAGCCCAAAGUUGCAAAGCAUCUGUUUCUUCCACUAUCAGCAUGGGCACCAGCAGUAACACAAAUUCAGAGCUAAUUGAGCCAAACACAGUAAAGGAUUGGCAGUGUGCACAGUCCAAAGGAUGCUUCUUCUUAGAGGAAGAUGGUGAAAUCAUUACUCAUAAAUAUAGGUUGUACUUACCUCAGAGGUCAACAGUAUAUAUCACCAUUAAACCUUUAAACCUUAGCCAGUUAGAAGAAAGAUACAAAACUCAGUUAGUGCUUCUUGUUUGUGCAGAGUGUCUUGUACUUCCAAAUGACUGUGGACAAACUUCUCCAUGGUUAUCAGUGGACACGGCUUUGUAUGUUCUCAAGGAAAAUGAAAGCCAAGAAAACCUACAGCUCAUGAGCUUUACUGAAGCACGAAAUAAAGAGAUGUUUAGGUGGAAAGGUGAACUGGGAUCUGGAAUUUAUUGGCUAAUUCCAUUCACAACUGGCUGUAGGCUCAAGAAGAUAAAAAAGCAAAUUACUGGAGAAGCCACACUGGUUUAUAGAAAUGAAGAUGGAGAGCUAUCCCUUACCAAAGAGUUCAAAGCAGCUUUAUCCGACAUAUUUGAAAUGAUUGAUUUAGAUGGAAAUGGCCUUCUGAGCCUGGAAGAAUACAAUUUCUUUGAACUGAGGACAAGUGGUGAGAAAUGUGAUGAGGAAGCCUGGGCCGUAUGCAGGGAGAAUUUUGACACAAAGAAGAAUGAGCUAACAAGACAGGGAUUUAUGGACUUGAAUCUCAUGGAGGCCAAUGACCGUGAAGGGGAUCCUAGUGACCUCUGGGUCACUUUACUGUCACUGGGCUACAAUAAAGCAUUGGAAAUGACAGCGGCAUGCCCUUUUGUCAUUAACAUCUAUGCAGAAAAGUGCAAACCCAGAAUUAAAGCCAUUUAUCUGGAAGCAGGCAGCAGGCAACUUAACAGGGCAAUUUGCAAGUCUGUUGUUAACAAAGGAGAUGCCAAAGUACUGGAUAGUGGUGAAAGUAUAAUUGUCUAUACCUAUAAAAGUUAUACACGGAUCACUUCUGUUAUUGAAAAUAAGUCUGAAAACAAAGUGGUUAUUCAUGUCAACAAUGAGCAGAGUAAGAACUGUGUAAAUAACAGGGGACUCAACAUUUUUGCUGUUGAAGUGGCACCAAAAUCCAUGAUGGUUUGUCAGCAUGUGAUGCCUUUGAAAGAGCAAGAAGAAUGGAUAUAUAAUUGUGUGCAUUCUCUCAUACCUUAAACACCACGUUUAGAAAAAAGUCCACUCUUGGAGCUACUAAAACAAGAACUAAAAUCAGGAUUGUCCUGUGAUUAAAAGAUAAAUUGAUUAAUCUUGUCCACUUUAGAACCAAGACUGAUACAGAUCAUUUAUUUCAGAUCUAUGCUUUGCUCCCAUGAUUUCAGCUAUUCAAGCCAAUGAAUCACAAGGCCUGACUUCAAUCCUAUCCAGUCCCUCAGAUCUGACUGCCAGAUAUGGCUUUUUGUGACUGCAAAGCCUGCAGCCACAAGCCCCUGCACACACUCUGCCGAUUUGAGGGAAUUUGAAAUAUAUAUGCUUUCCCUUGUUGGAGGGGAAGACAGCCUUAAAAGCAUAAAUCAGGGUUGAAAGGAAUAACCAUCUGCAGAAAGAACACACACACUUUUUACAUAAAAUGAAUCAUUUAUGUUUUGAAUGUAUCCCAAAGAACCAGCUUGCUACACCCUCUCUCACAUCCUUAGCUGGUCCUGGGCAUAAUGGUAAACAGGAGUCAUUGACAUGUAGUGGAAGUGCAAGUUAUGAUUUCUCAGCUGUGCCUCACAAAUGCCAAGGCUGGCUCAGCCAGCAGUCUUUCCUAUAGCUUUCUGUGCAGUCCUACAUAUGCAACUGUCUCUCCAUCCAACUGCUCUCUCCUUUUGGAUAUCCCACCACUAUCCCAAACUCCUUGUGUCAAAAACUGAGCUUCUCUCUCUCCUCUUUGCCUCAUUGGUACCAUUGACACCUUCACUCCAUCCAUGUCACGCCACUUCUAAUUUUGAUGUCAGUUUUGACUCCUCUCCUUUAUAUCCAGGUUUUUCGCAUACCCAAUUUCUUCUUCCUCUAUAUCUCUAAAAUCUGUCCCUUCCUGUCGCUGACACUGUGUUAAAAAUCUGACCAGUUAUGUUUUACCCUAAUUAAUGUAACUUCCACCUCCAGGCUUCUCUCCUCUCUACUCUAUCCAGAAUCCUGCAACUAAAAUCCUCCUCUCUCUUGAGCUAACACUCCGUUGAAUCCCUUCACUGGCUUCCACACUUUCCACAGCUCAGACUCCCUGUACUCCACUUUCAGUGCUAUGCUUCUCCACUCCUGCCUUCGUCUCUGCUCCGAUUCCCAGCUGCACCCCUUCCACACACUCUGCUCAGUUCUUUCUUCUUCGAGCUUCCUUUAGUCUCCUACUUCCCACGUGGACGUCAUGCCUUUUUUUCAUGUUCCAGUCUGUGUACGCCUACACUACAAAGACUAUACCAACAAAGCGGUGUAGCCGUAGCUAUGCCAGUAGAACCCUGUAGCGUAGAUGCAGCUUACAGUAACAGAAGGGAUUUUUCUGUCCAAACUCCACCUCCCCAAAUGACGGUAGCUACAUCAAUGGAAGCACUCUUCUGUCAGCAUAGCUGUGUCUACACUGGGGGUUAGGCCCUUCUUCCUCCAGGGCCUCUGACAGACUCUCUUUAUUAUGAAGAACAUUUGCUUUCCUAACAGAACAAAUGCGUAGUUAUUCCUAUGCAGUCUCUUUCUGAAAAAUUACUAGUGUGCAGAGUGAGCCAUACCGGAGGAAUGUUGAAAGUUGUAUAGAAUUAUGUAAUCAUGUGUAUUCCUCUCUCACUUUCACCACUUCUACACUCUUGACUUUAUUAUGCAGCUGGCCAACAUAGCUAUGUUGAGCUACCUUUUAAGUGUAGACCAGGCUGUAUUUCAUAUAGCUUCCGCUUUUUUGUGUGCCAGAUGCCAUCCCUUUGCUCCUUCUUAUGCUGCCCUCUUCCCACCCACACCUGAUCCUUAGCUGUUUGCGUUGUGUUUAAUUGACAUGAUCAGAAACUUCUUGAGGCAGGUCCUUGUUUUCCGACAUGGCUGUAAAACGUCACUGGCGCCACAAUCAUCAUAAUGCGUAUUUCCAUUUUUGGUGCUGUACACUUUACAAUUAAAAUAUGAAGCCUUUUUACA